AUGAAAAUGCUAGAUGAUAUUAAGUAGUAGGUAGAGAAGGAAAUGAAAAAAUUUGAUCCAAGAUUGGCAGAAAAGAAAUAUUUGAAAAUAACUCAAUCUAUUAAGGAUUUAUUUCUCAAGACAGUUGUAUGUGAUAAAUAAAGCAUUAAAGCUGUAUUAAAAAAUUUGAAAUAAGGCAGCCAAUUCUAUCGGUAUCAAUUAUUCUUCAGCCAAAGCCAUAUGGGCUGAAUUCAGAUCAAAAUAAAAAAUGAAGAAAAACAAGAAAACUAAUGAGCAACAAAAAAACGAGUCCUCUGAAGUUAUGAAAAGAUGCCAAUACAAAAUUCUAAAUGGUUGCAAUAAGAUCAGGAAAUUAUUCCUGGAAAUCAAAUCGUCUGUUGCAUAGCGUUUAAGUUCUACCUACUUGAUUUCCUUGGAGUAGCAUAUAUGAAUAUUAUUUAAUUAAAAUGAGUGGAGGCACACGAGUUAACUAGUAUUUCCAAAGCAAUAAACGCAGAGGAGACAGUGCUCUCAAAGCUGUAAGAUUAGAAACUAAUAUUCGAACUCCAAAAAUGCGGAUGCAAAACUCAGCUGAUGAUUAAUUUAAUAUACACAACUUAUAGAACGUCCCUCUAUAAUUAAGGUAUAGUCCUUCCUUAAGAAUGAAAAACCAUCGAAAUUCACUCAAACCUGAUGAAAACCCAAAAUACACUGAAACAUACGCUAAAACAUCAAGAAAAGCAAUGUUAGAUUCGUUCUACCAUCAACUAGGAACUGACGAAGACAUCACACUUAUCAAAAACACAAAAUAAAGAAGACUUUAGCCCAUCAUAUCGACUCCCUAGUCUAAAACCACUACUUUUGGAAGAUAGAACAUAAUGAUAGAAAAUGAAAAUAUUGAGGAAGUUCAUUUUCACUUUGUACAUAUGCAACAACAAUAUAAAUCUUGGAUAUAAAAUUUGGAAAAGAAGAAUUACAGCAAAUGA